CGGGAGCGCGCCCUCCGCCGCGCGCGCCGGCUCGGAUGCGCAGGAGGCGGCGGUCGUUGUUUGGGAUCCAUCCCGAUGCCCGGCUGCGGUUGCGUGGGCGCGUGGGUGCUGCUGCCGAUGGGUGCGCAUGGUGGGAGUACAAAUAGCUGCGAGGAGCGGCGGGGGGGGGUUGGCUGCUUGGAUUGUGGGAUUUGCUGGUCUUGUUCUGUUGUGUUCUCUUCUUCUUCUUCUACUACUACUACUACUACUUCUUCUUAUUCUUCACUUCUCUUCAUCCUCUUUUUCUUCUUGUCUUCCUCUAUUUCUUCAACUUCUUCUUCGUCUUCUUCGUCUUCUUCUCUAUCUUGCUGUGCAAGACCGUUUAAAGACUAUACCUUUCUUAUAUUACCUUUCUUUAUAUUCAAAAGAGCAGACAAACGUCCGGCGCCGCUGGUUCGACGACGGAAGCGUAUACAUAUCCAUACAAGGACCCCAAAAAAGAAAAAUCAAACCCAAAACCAAAAAAAGAAAACACCACCAUGGGUCCCUUCGACCCCAACGCAGCCGAAGCCUCCAUCCGCGCCCAAGGGCAGCGCUACGCCGACCUACGCGACCAAGACGCCGACGUAUCGGUACUAAAAGGCGUGCUGAAAGACUUGAUAGACGAGACGAACAAAUACAUGACGACGCUGAUAACGCUCCAAACUUCUGUCUCGGCCGAGCCCUUCGCGACACACGAACGCCGCAUCGAGGUCCUGCAGGCCAAGCAAGCGGCCUUCAAGCUGCAGGCGCUGCAUCUGGAGGUCGAGGCCGCGGGGAGCCACGUCGACGAGCGGCGGCAGGCGUGGGCCGAGGAGCGGUGUGCGUGGCAGGAGGUCGUUGUUGAGGAGGUGUGAGUGGUGAGGGGGUGGGCGGAACGGGGGAGGAGGGGAGGAAGGGGGGUUGGUGGGAUGGAGACGAGGAAGGUGCUGCUGGGCAGUGCCUAAGUACCUGCCCACCGAACCGCACGAAUGUGCGUUGUUAGUUACGAGUUACGAGAUAGCGAGAGAGAGAG